CAGCAGCAACCGCAUGCACCCCUUGGACCACCCAAUUUUCAAGUUUCUUGGGACCAGGCGCUAUGGAACCAUUAUUCUACUGUCUCUCCUGAUUCUAAUCACAAUGCCGCGGCAAUUACAGCUGCCAAUUUGGUCAAUGUGAACCGUGCGCACAUGAUGGCUCCGCCCGCCGCUACCACUACCACUGCUUCUGUGGCCGGAGCGCCAGCACCAAAGACAAAUCAGCUCCCAUUUAUCCGGAAAAUCGGAUACGCUGUCAAUCCGUUCCGUUUGAAACACAAUAAGACGAUAACUAGGGUACCUUUCUUUAUCAAUCCCGACGGAUAUACCAGAAUGUGGAAGGGGUCUCAUCCAGGGCCUGUGGAUCCAAACCGAUUACCCAUUUCGUUUGUCCUGACGGCUUGGCGUGAUAAAACACACGAAAACAAAUGUGAAUGGCCUGACACUAUUAAACUCGAGCUGAAUCGUACUAUACCCAUCAUCACAAAGCGAAAGAAAGCACAUGUGCCAGGCAGACCAAACAACGUUUUCAGUUAUCAAGGCAAAGAUAAACCGCUGGAUGCUGGCGGUUAUUUGAAUCAAGGGAACAACGAACUUACGAUAGAGCAACUUGAUUGCGCAUGUUCGUACUACUUUGCCAUCAUCAUGUAUGUUCGCGAGUCCGAAGAGAUCAUAACAAAUUGGGUCCAAUCCCGGAUAUUGGAUAUCAACAACGGUCGCGGAAUUGUAAAUCGGUUACUGGGAGUAGCGGGGAGCAAUAACAAUGGUGAUGACGAUCUCGAAAUUUGUCAAACCAACGUGAAGAUUGGGCUCAAGUGUCCUAUUUCCUUGCAACGUAUCAAGGUUCCGACAAAAGGGCGAGACUGCAAUCAUGCCGAUGUAAGUCUCUUCUCUCUCAUCGUAAACCAGUAGAUACAUCUGUUUAUCAUCAGACCAUCUGAACCCGAGUCGUGUCUCAAUCAUUUUUUAAAUGAUAAUAAUAGUGCUUUGAUUUGACAUCCUACCUGGCUGUUAAUCACGAAAAUGCUUCUUGGAAAUGCCCGCACUGUAACGAAUACACGCCCCCGGACAAGCUUAAUCGGGACGCCUUUUUCGAAGACUUGCUUAAACGAGCCGGCAAAGUUGCAGUUGAAGUCGAGUACACGGAGGAUGCUGACCAUUUCCGCGUCAUUAAGUCUGAAACACCUGAUCCAGAAGAUCAGCCCUCAGCCGACGAAACGGGCAAUGUAUCAGCGACAGAGUCGGCGGCGGUGGCGACUACUAUUACUACUACUACUACUACUAC